UGAAUAGUGAAAAUGGUAUCGCUGCGCAGUCGACUUGUACGAUGAUAUCGUUCAUGAAUUGACGUUAUUUUAAACGGAAAAUGUAGUUCUAAUACUCGCGUAGUAAUAGUCAUUUAUUAGUAAUUGCGUGCGCCUAAUAAUCGUGCCAGAAAAUCGUGCAAUUUUGCUGUAGUAACCGAAUAGACGCUAUGUUGACGACGGGCGUGGCAGACCAGUAAAACAUUACUCAUCAUUUGUGUGUUCGAAUUUAAUUUUUAAACAAUGAGUGCCAAUAACGUGAAUGCUCAAAUUCCCACAACACAAACGCAAGCAACGGCCACAAUAAAAUCGCGACCAAAUAUAAUGCCUAGCAGUUAUUUGUACACAUCGAGUGCGGGCUUAUUAAAUCGAAACUCCACCGACACGAAACCGGCUCCACCACCAACCUUGCCAAAAUAUACUUCUAGUUUUAAUGCGGGUAGCGGUUUUAGAGAUAGGGAUAAAGAUAACAUAGGAGGUUCCUACAGAUUGUCCAGCUUAGACAGGUUAGGAUUACGACAAAAAUACCUCGAUCAAAACAACACAACCCCCACACCAAACGGCACCACCAUGAAUCAGACAAACGGAAACGAAACUCCACCAACAGCUACACAAAGUAAGCGCGAAAUGUUCUUCAAUUCAACAGAUUCACCACCUGUCAAAGAUUCCAAUCGCAUAACCAAAGCCCCCUCAUUAGACAAACCUCCGGAACCACCAACAAAGUCACCACCAGAACUACCUUCCGCCAAAGAGGAGAUUGUUAGGGAAACGAAAGAGAUAGAAGUGGUAAAGGAGCGGCCUAAACUCAAAGAGCUAGAUGGUUACGUCGGCUUUGCCAAUUUACCGAAUCAGGUCUAUCGAAAAGCUGUGAAAAAGGGCUUCGAAUUUACCCUCAUGGUCGUGGGCGAAUCAGGCCUAGGAAAAUCGACUUUGAUCAAUUCCCUAUUCCUAACUGACGUCUACAAUUCGGCAGAUUAUCCCGGACCGACCCAACGGUUAAAAAAAACAGUUGCCGUUGAAACUACGAAGGUGCUCGUGAAAGAAAACGGGGUCAACCUAUUGCUGACCGUCGUAGACACCCCCGGUUUCGGUGAUGCGGUCGAUAAUAGUAACUGUUGGGCCCCGAUCAUCGAAUACAUCGAAAGCAAGUACGAGGACUACUUAAAUUCGGAAGCGCGAGUGACCCGAAAGCCCGAAGCCGACCGACGCGUGCACUGCUGUUUAUACUUCAUCCAACCGUCCGGGCACGGCUUAAAAUCGCUCGAUAUCGAAUUUAUGAAGCGGCUGUGCGACAAAGUGAACAUCAUCCCCGUCAUUUCGAAGGCCGACACGUUGACAUCGGACGAGUGCAACUUGUUCAAAAAGCAAAUCCUCAACGAAAUUGCGCAGCACAAAAUCAAAAUCUACGAGUUUCCAGACACGGUCGAAGAGGACGAGGAGCACAAGCUAAACAAAACGCUCAAGGAUCGAGUUCCCUUCGCAGUGGUAGGUUCGAAUGCGGUCAUCGAACUGGAAGGGAAGAAACUGAGGGGGAGGAAGUACCCGUGGGGAUUGGUCGAAGUGGAAAACUUGGAACACUGUGAUUUUAUCGCUCUCAGGAAUAUGGUGAUAAGGACGCAUUUGCAGGAUCUCAAGGACGUCACCAACAACGUCCACUACGAAAAUUACAGGUGCCGGAAGCUGGCCGGUCUGGGGGUCGACGGGAAACCCUCGAGGAUAUCGAAUAAAAAUCCUCUCGCGCAGAUGGACGAGGAGAAGCGCGACCACGACCUCAAAAUGAAGAAGAUGGAGGCGGAAAUGGAGCAGGUGUUCGAGAUGAAGGUGAGGGAGAAGAAGCAGAAGCUGAAGGACAGCGAGCUGGAGCUGACGAGACGGCACGAAGCUACCAGGAAGAGUUUGGAGCAGCAGGCUAAGGAGCUCGAGGACAAAAGGCAGCAGUUCGAAAUGGAAAAGCAGAAUUGGGAGAAGGAGAAUCAGGUGACCAUCGAGGAGCUACGGCGCAGAUCGUUGGAGGGAAGUAGGGAGGCCGUGGACGGAAAGAAGGAGAAGAAGAAAAAGGGCUUGUUUUAAAAGGUGUAUAAUCGAUGUGCUACGGUUUCUUUAUUGGGUGGAAGAACGAAGGACUGUUUACACAAAAAUAAAGAAGCUUAUUUUUAAAUGGCCAUGUUAUGUGUAAAAAUGUUUGUAUUGCAAAUUUGACUUAAAACUGCCAAGACAAACAUUAUUAUUAAUAUGUAAUAUACAUACAUGCCAACCUGCCUAUACCUUGACAGUUUUAACGGUUAAAUACUUUCCAACUGUAUGUAGAGAUAUGAUCGGUGUAUAAUUAAUUUAUUAAUUGAAUGAGGUAGAAGUAAGAAUUUUACAGUCCAGUGUCCAACUAUGACAUUUUGCUGUAGCGCAAUGUGCCAUUUUUAAAUUUUAAUAUGUAUGCUGUAAAGUAGUAAAUAUCCAUCAUAAUGA